AUGUUAGGUGAUUUAAUUUUUGCAGAACCAAGAGCCCUUAUUGGGUUUGCCGGCCGUAGAGUUAUUGAACAAACACUUCAAGAGCAAUUACCAAAAGAUUUUCAAACAGCAGAAUAUUUAUUACAUCACGGUUUAAUAGAUCUUAUAGUUUCAAGGUUUUUUAUAAAACAAGCAAUUGCUGAAACAAUUAUUUUAUAUCAACAAGCUCCAACAAAA